AUUGAUUUAAAAAAUUGACUAUGUAGUAACUCCCUCUUUUUUAUGCCAUUAUGAUUAUUAUUAAAUCUAUUUGAUGGAUCUUCUAUUUAUGCUACAAUUACAGGGGGUUGACAGAUAUGAGGUGCAUAAUUUUUGUGCAAAGGGUCAUUACAGCCAUUGUCCUUCAGGAUUUAUUGAAUACCUUGCUUCCAAAAUACAAUAGCUGGAAGACUAAAUUCAUUGCAGGACACAAUUUUGGUUUGCAAAAUCAGUCAAGGAGAAAACAAAAUGGAAUUGUGGAAGAGUUUCGAAUGGGAUUGGUCAACAUCAUUGUUGCAACAUCAAUUCUCGAAGAGGGUUUAGAUGUUCAAAGUUGCAAUUUAGUUAUUAGAUUUGAUCCAUCUCCCACAGUGUGCAGUUUCAUACAGUCCCGGGGACGUGCCAGAAUGCAAAAUUCAGAUUACAUAUUAAUGGUUAAGAGUGGGGAUUCAGUUACUUGUUCUCGACUAGAAAAAUACCUUGCAAGUGGGGAUAUUAUGAGGAAGGAGUCGUUGCGUCAUUCUUCCCUUCCAUGUGAUCUUUUUGAAGGUGAUGAAUUUGAUGAGGAAACUUACCGUGUUGCAAGCACUGAAGCCUUUGCAAAUCUUAGUUCUAGUAUUGGUUUAAUACACUUGUAUUGCUCACGGCUUCCUUCAGAUGGUUCUUCAUCAUUUAUCCUAUCUAGAUUAAACUCUUAGGUACUUUAAACCGACUCCAAGGUGGGACAAAGUGACCGGAACAUUGUAUCUACCCAAGAACUGCCCUCUACAGCCUAUUCAUGUAGAAGGUGACAAA